AUGUAUAACCCUUUUGAUGGCCUGGAACCUGUUUUGCCACACACAAGGUUGACUAGCUCUCAAGAACCUGCGUUCCUGCCUUCAAAUCCAGAUGCUGGAGUUGGUAAAUAUUUGAAAGGAGCUUAUGGUGAGCGAUUGGUGCCUCAUCAAUGUGGCUAUGGUUGCUGCGGUCCAACUGAGAAAAUGUCCAAAAGCUCUCUGUUGGGGCCUGACUUUUCUGAUUAUUCAGAGCCUCCAUCCUUUUCUAACCUUGAACUGGCUGCAUUGGCCGCAGAUAUAAGCAAGAUCGCUUGGCACAAGAGUGGAUUUGAGAGCAGCAAUCUAAAGGCACCAUCUGAUUAUGUAAGUGGGCGAUUGAUGAUUUCUGGGGGGUCUCAUGUCCAAAUGGAAUUCUCUGACGAGAGUAGGAAAACUGUCCAUUCACACACAUAA